AUGAAAGAUUUGACACAUUAACUUCCAUUUUGUUUUGCCUAGAAACUAUACUGUUGUUUUUUGUCAUUCAUUAGAGGAGGAACUGAAGUUGUUUUACAAUACAUCAGACUAUUUUUGGGCUCAAUGGGAUACUACUGAUACGAUGCAGACACAGUCUGAAUGGCUUGUCCACUACUUGUCAAUUCACAACAAAAGUGUCAAUCAUUUUGGGUUUGAACAAACAGUGAUUGUCUACACUAUCACCAUGAAGAGAAGGUCAGAACUUUAUGUUGCAAACUUCCUGCUGCCCAUUUUUUUCUUUUUGUGUCUGGACUUUGCCUCCUUCCUCAUGUCAGACACUGGGGGUGAGAAAGUUGGCUUCAAGGUCACAGUCCUACUUGCUGUCACUGUGAUGCAGCUUAUUCUUGUUGACAUUCUGCCCCCAUCCUCAAACACAAUUCCUCUUAUAGAAAUCUACUGCAUUGGAGCUUUUACUCUGAUGAUGCUAAGCCUCAUGGAAACCAUUUUGGUGAUGUAUUUUAAAGACAAAGACAGAACUUUAAUAGACAAGAUAGAAGUAAACCAAAAACUGAUUGAGAAUACAGAUGAUAAACUGAAUCCACUUCUGUGCUGUUGUACAGGAAUUAAUAAAAAGACUUGUACAUCAGCUGAGGAUGCUGCCAAAGAAGUUCAUUCUUUUUCUAAUGAGGGUAGCAGCGGUCCCCACACCGAGGUGUCAUGUGUAAUGGAAAAAGUCAGUGAAGAGCUUGCUGAAAUGAAGAAAUUGAUAGGUGAGAUGCCUGGCUACUGGCACAAAACGGCUGAAAAAAUCCACAAAUGUUUUACCAUUUUCUACAUUAUAGCAGUUCUUCUGUUUUUGAGUACACUUUUUUAUAUGUGGCAAUGAUCAUGAAUAAAAAAUAAGAAAACACUCAGUGACCUGGCGGUGAUGUCAUGGUGGUAAAACUGCAUUCCCUGAUGUGAGACUUAUGUCUGGCUCAAAUCCAAGUCCAAGUCUCCAACUCUGAGUGAAUUAUAUCUGGCUAAACCACAUAUCUACAUCUGCAGCUUUCUCUGAUCUGAUCACACAGCUAUGCUCCUUGAAAUGGCUAUUAGUUACUUAUAGAAUUGUUACUGAAGGGCUACUAGUAGUUUAUAAACAUCUCAACUUAAUGGAUCUGAAAUGCAUGUCUAGUUACCUGGCAGAGCUCUGAAAUUUGUUGAAAGCAGUUGGAUGGUUGAGCUCUGGUUGAACCAAAAAUAAUAAAGCCGCUAUACUGCACACAGAUGGAACACGUUUACCAAUUGGCUCAAAAGUGACCUAAAUGUUUUCAAAGUCAAAAUUUUCCGUUUUCUGAUACUUGGAGAUGCUUGACCAUCUGAACUCAGACAUUUCUGUUAGCAGAGGUUUCAUUUUUGUUUGGUUUCUUGUUUUAACUUUAAAUGUCUUUUUUUAUUCAAAUUAUUUUAGCAUUUUUAAGGAUGUCAAUUUUCUAUUGACACUUUAUUUCAAUAGAUGCUAAAUACAAUUUUCUCCAUUGUAUUUGCAUGUGGCACUCAAUUGUAUGUGACAUUUGGUUGAUGAUUCCCAGAACUAUUAUCCACAUUAAAUACAGGAUGCAUUUAAGUGUUUUUGGUCUAUA